CUUCAGCUGCAUCAGGAGGCUGCAGAGCGGCAAGCAGAGUGGGGACCGGCGCUAGCAGACAACAUGUUUGACGGCACGCAACUACGUCCACCACAGGCAGGAAAAAGAGAGUGACAUCAUCACCUUCACACAGAGGAAAGAACAGCUGGAGGAGGACACGACUGGAGAGGAGAGAUGUCAAGAUGAGAGCCUGGACCAUGCCUGCCUGCUCCUCCUCUCUGCUCUGCCUGAUCCUGCUGCUGCUGGGGGGCUGGGUGCUGUCUAUCUGUCCCCCUGUGUGCCUCUGCAGACAGGGACACCGCGUGGUGGACUGCUCCUCACGAGGCCUCACCAAACUGCCGCCUGGUCUGCAGCACAACAUCCACUUCCUCAACCUGUCCUUUAACAGCCUCCAGGGUCUGGACAGUCAGCUCAGUCAUUAUGCCCACCUGCGGACACUGGACCUGUCCUAUAACCGCCUGGAGAGCCUGCCCCCCGCCUUGCCGCGGUCUCUGUGGGACAUCCGGGCGGCGGGGAACCACCUGCGCUCGCUGGACAAGAACGACACAGCGUACCACUGGAACCUGAAAGUCCUGGACCUGUCGGACAACGAGCUGGAGAGAGUGGUUUUCAUCAACAACACGCUGCCCAGCCUCCGAGCUCUCAACCUCAGUCACAACCGGUUCUGGACUGUGCCCACCAACAUGCCGCACAACCUCGAGAGCAUUGAUCUGUCACAUAACUACCUGGUGCAGAUCUUGCCUGGGUCUCUGGACCGGCUGCCCAGGCUGGCUCAGUUCUACCUGCAUGCUAAUCGCUUCUCCUGGUUGUCUGAGGGGGUGUUUGACAAGCUGACGGGGCUGGAUGUCAUGACUCUGGGAGAUAACCCCUGGGCCUGUGAAGAAGAGGAGAAUAUCACGAGGCUGCUCAGGUGGGCUGAGCAGACUCGUGCCACAGUCUUAGGCUGCCCGUGUUACACGAGACCCAUCUGUGGACAAACCCACCCAGCGACACCAGGGAGGGAGUGGCACUCUGCACUGUUCACAGAGCCCCCGCUCUGGGUCAAUGGCAGAGGUGAAGGACACGACAGUCAGUCGCCUGCCAGGACUGCAGAGGUCACGUCCAGCUACCAGGCCAAGUCUGCUCUCUUUGAGACCGGGAUCUAUCAGGGCAGCAGAGCAGGGAACGAGUCUGGAGACAACCUGCUGGUCUGGACAUCUUCCACCACUUUUGACAGUUUCUCCACUAGCACAACGACACGCCCACCGCCUUCAACCAUGAAGCCCAAAGUCUCGCACUCACAGAAUCAAGGUUGCGGCCUCCUGGUGGAGACUCAGCAGACUGUCACUCUGACUGUUUUAGUGAUGACAGUAGCAAUCAACAACUUCUGACUGAACACAGAGAAAAAUGACUGGAUUAGUCUGGACUGUGAAUGUACCACCAAGUAACUGAGCACCUUCAUUGUCCCUGGUACAAACUGUUACUGCCUUCUGUCACUGUCAGCAUCAUCAUCAUCAUCAUCAUCAUCAUCAUCAUCAUCAUCAUCAUCAUCCUCAUGAGCUCAACAUGUGAAAGAAAAUGUCUGUGAAUCCCUGAACACAAAGAAACUGACAGAAAACUUGUGAAAACACGAGUGAACUGGUUCAAUGCUCAUCUCUCUGCUGUGCUUCACGAUACUGAUGCUUGUUUUGCUCCUCAGAACCAGAUCUACAAUAAUCAUAUAGAACAUCCAUCACCAUGACUGGCUCCUGGAUUUACGACAGAGUAAAGGGCUAGUUCAGUGUUCACAGGAGGACUUCACAGAGCAGAUGUAGGUGUGGAUCAAUGCAGUGAAGCCCACUGAUGUAAUAAAGUGUGCAACAAAAUAAAGUCUAAGUUGAGAAACCAAAGCACAAGAAACAAUCAUCCUGUUGAACAGAGGAAGUCGACCUUCAAACUAAAAGACCUGUUUUAUAUUCAUGUUAAAAUAAUCCACUGACUCUUUCAUCCCUGUGGUUUUAUUUCAGCUGUGACCGUUUCUUUAUCAGAGUGUUUUUAAGUUUAUGAAACAGUCCAUGAACACUGGGCUGACUGUAGCUGUAGUAACCUGCUACUCCUGCAUGGUCACUGUCAGUGGUGGUUACAGUGGACCACAGUAGAGUCUGUAGUCUGAUUUAUCUUCUGUCUGGAGGAGACUUUAGAAACAAAUAAGAGUUUCCCUCCAAACAAAGAAUAGAGGAAUCAGUCAGUUAGAGGUGGAAAUUAUUGAUCAGCAUGUCCAGAACUGUUUCUUAUGUUUACAUCAGAAUGGUGACAAUGGCCCUCAUUUAUCAAACGAACGUACGGCAGAAAACCGUGCGUACGACCAUUUCCACGCAAGCUUCGGCAUUUAUCAAUUUGGACGUGAGCGGAAGCUACGAUCAGAUCUCACGUCAGGUCUGAGCUUGUGUACAAGAGUCUGAAUUUGCGGUGCAGCAGCAAAAUCUGGCUGAGUCUGAAAAUAAUUAUUAAACAAACCUCAGCAUAAACAGUCACAUAUUUAGAACAGAUCAAAACGGAUUCUUAAAACGAAUAAAACAAGAUAAAAACAUUUGAAUUUUAAAAAACCCCACGUUUUUUACUGAUACCACUUUUUUGUACAAUAAAACAAUAUGAGAGGCUAAAUAGCCUAACAUGACAUCUAAUUAUUGCACAUAAAAAUUUGAAAUAAUAAUAAAUACAAGCAGAAAUGUGUGUUUGCAAAUUAACUCAUGGCAAAAUUGUGUAAUUGUUUUUUGUUUUUUCCGAUGGGUGUGACACAACUGGAACAACAAUUAAAAGCAUCUGGUGAGAUAAUCAUUGUUGCACUGUGGUUGGUCAGAUGUUUACUCACUCCCCUAUUUAAACAGAUGCUUUGACAGUUAUCAGUUAUCAUCAUCAAAUCAUAACGAUGGCAGAUUUACUCGUUUUGGAGGAACAAUACGCGCGCGUCAGACGUGAGCGCGUUUUCAGAGACCGCAGGGAUCUCCAGAUUGCUGGGUUUCCAAAUUUGAUUGGAGCAAUUGAUUGCACUCAUGUGCGUCUGAAGGCACCAUCCAUGAAUGAUUACGCUUUCAUCAAUUGCAAAAACUACCACUCUGUAAAUGUGCAGGUGAUUUGUGAUGCCAAGCUCUCACUUUUAAACGUGGUGGGCAGGUGGCCGGGGGGGGACACACGAUUCUUUUAUUUUUCAAAACAGCUGUGUUGGCGCGCGGCUGCAGGAGGCGGCGCUGCAGAGCCAAACUCAUCUCCGUUACCCUCUUCCACACAGCGGUUUUAUGAGCUCCUGUGAUCCCACUCUUCAGACUGCCAAAAAGCACAUCCUUAUUUUGCGCCACCUCGGAUGUCAGGAUGUCGAUCUCCAUCUCUGAAAAGUUUUGUUUUUUGCCAGUAACUUUUCUCUCCAUGUUUGACCUUAGUGGGCGGGGCCUCCGAACCAGGAAUAUUUAAGGGCGUGACAUGUUAAUGACGAUCGAAUUCAGCUGCCACAUUUAUCAAGAGCCGAUCAUUCGUACGCUGGGAUUGCUCAGAUACGAAUGUUUCAUGAAUCACACGUGUAUCCUAUCGUAACCAAUUCUGCGCUCAGAUCUGCGCCUGUUUUCACGCAAGAUUGAUAAAUGAGGGUCAAUGAAUCUGAGUUUAGACUCUGUGUGAGUCAGUGAAGAGACAACAGCUGUUACAGCUGUUAUUAACAUUAUGUCUUAAAUCCAGAUGGACUGUUGACUGAUUCAGUUGAACUUUAUUGACAAUAAAAAAAUAAAAACAGA